CGGAUCCGGACCUGCCCCCGCCCGGAGACAUGGAGGGGCUGGGCGAGGCCCAGAACCGCGCGCUGCCCACAUCACAGGGUUACUUCCUGGAGUUUGUGGAGCCGGUGAACAACAUCACCAUCGUGCAGGGCCAGACAGCGACGCUGCACUGCAAGGUGAUGGGGAACCCCCGGCCCACCAUCCGCUGGCUGAAGAACGACGCCCCCGUGGUGCAGGAGCAGGGCCGCAUCUCCAUCAGGAAGACCGAGGCAGGCUCCAAGCUGCGCAUCCAGGACCUGGACACCACCGACACCGGAUACUACCAGUGCCUCGCCUCCAACGCCCUGAAGGUCAUCACCGCCACCGGGGUGCUCUACGUCAGGCUGGGUAAGAGCCCGCAGCCCUGGAGCUCUGGCUCU